GCGGGGCAGCCCCGGGGAACGGGGAACCGGGAAACGAGGGGACCGAGGAGCGGAGGGCCACAUCGUUUCGCCAUGCCGAGCCCCCGGAGCAGCCGUGAGCGACGGUCCGGUAGCAGCGGCAGCCUGAGCAGCAGCAACCGGCUGGAGUUCCUGUCCCUGUUGAGCCAGCGCAGCCCCGGUGUCCCGGACAGCCCGGCACGGCGCAAGGAAUCGGGCAGCAGCUCCGCAGCAUCCCCGCUGCCCGAGGAGGACUGCAUGAAGCUGAACCCCUCCUUCCUCGGCAUCGCCCUCAGCUCCCUGCUCGCCAUCGACCUCUGGACCUCCAAGCGCCUGGGGGUCUGUGCCGGGGAGGGUUCGGCCUGGGGCAGCGCCCGGCCCCUGAUGAAAGUGAUCGAGGUGUCGGGACACGGCAUCCCCUGGCUGCUCGGAACCUUCUAUGGGCUCUGCCAGAGCCAGAGCUCGGCGGCCAGGGAGGUGCUGCUCAACCUGCUCUUCGCUCUGCUGCUGGACCUCGUGCUGGUGGCCGUGGUGAAAGGGCUCGUCAGGCGGCCACGACCUCCCCACAACCAGAUGGACAUGUUUGCCACCAUCUCCGUGGACAAAUACUCCUUCCCCUCGGGCCACGCCACCAGAGCUGCCCUCGUCUGCCGCUUCGUCCUGCACCACCUGGUGCUUGCAGCCCCUCUGAGGGUCCUGGUGGUGCUCUGGGCUCUCCUCGUGGGGGUGUCCCGGGUGAUGUUGGGCAGGCACAACGUGACGGAUGUGCUCUCUGGUUUGCUCCUGGGUUACCUGCUCUACAGCGUGGUGGAGCGCUGCUGGCUUUCCCCGCUCAGCACCCCGGCACUCUUUGCACUCUGGAGCCACUGAUGGAUGGGGCUCUUCCCAAAGGAGGAGGAGGAAGAGGAGGAAGCACGCACAGGGAGGGGAUUCUGGGACUUGAACUCAUACCCUAGCCCCCGUCUAGGUCCAGCUGAGGUUUCUCACGAGCAGUGCUGAAGGUUCCCAAGCAUGCAAUUAGAAGUUUGGUGCUGUCCUGGCAGGGUGUGCGCUGCCCCAGAAGCUGCACUGACUGUUCUCCCAUGAAAAACCAGUCCCUGCAGAGCCCGGGGCUGGUUCAGCUCAUUCAUCCAGCAGUUGACUACUGAUACUGUGAAGCCCCACGCCCUUGAUGUGUCAGUCCAUGGUGUAUGUGGUAGCUGUGGCUUCCCAAAGAUCUCUCUGCAAUCGUCUGUGUCUCUGUAUGCUGUAAAUACACCAGUCAUGCUGCUGUCCCAGAUGUGCCCUGCAUGGCCUGUUCCAUAGUUUCUGCCUCAGGGGGACUCAGUGGGUUUGUCCUCAGGUUCAUAAAGAGCUCUGCC